AUGGAUGCACAAACCGACUUCGACGUAGUCAUCAUCGGCGCCGGAAUUUCUGGCAUCAAUGCAGCAUAUCGUGUUCAAACCCAGUUACCAGCCGGCACCAGCUACACCAUCCUCGAGGCGCGUGACAACAUUGGCGGGACCUGGGAUCUGUUCAAGUACCCGGGCAUCCGGUCCGACUCAGACCUAUACACAUUCGGCUUCCCCUGGCGGCCAUGGAUGGACGAGCGCUGCAUAGCCGAAGGUCCAGCCAUAGUCAACUACAUGAAAGAGGCGGCCGCCUCUGAAAACAUCGACUCGCACAUCCAGUUCCGCCACAAGUUACAAACAGCCAGCUGGUCGUCCGAGCUGCAAAAGUGGCGGCUGGACGUCAUCGCAGGCGAGGAGGCCGCGCCAAAGACGUUCUACGCAACCUUCCUCAUCAUGGGCACCGGCUACUACGACUACGACGAGCCCCUCAGCGCCACCAUCCCCGGCAUCGACACCUUCGCCGGGCAAGUCGUACACCCGCAAUUCUGGCCCUCCUCCCUCGACUACGCCAACCGCCGCAUCGUCAUCAUCGGCAGCGGCGCCACAGCCAUCACGCUCCUCCCCAACCUCGCCUCCAGCGGCGCCGCGCACGUCACAAUGCUGCAGCGCUCCCCCAGCUACAUCGUCUCCCAGCCCCUCGUCGACGGCCUCGACAACUUUCUCCGCUCGCUCCUCCCCGCCGCCGCCGCCUUCCGCCUCAUCCGCUGGCGCUACCUGCUCACGGGGUACCUCUUCUACUUCUUCUGCCGCGCCUGCCCCGCCCUCGCCCGCCGCCUGCUCCGCAGCGAAACCGAGGCGCAGCUGCGCGACACGGGUGUGCCGUUCGACCCGCACUUCAACCCGUCCUACGACCCCUGGGACCAGCGCGUGUGCGCCUGCCCCGACGCCGACUUCUUCGCCGCGCUGCGCAACGGCAAGGCGAGCGUCGUGACCGACACCAUCACCAACGUGACCCCGGACGGCAUCGCGCUGGACUCUGGGGAGUCGCUGCCGUGCGACAUCAUCGUCACGGCGACGGGGUUGAAGAUGCGGAUGGGCGGCGGGGCGAGGAUAGUGGUCGACGGCCGCGAGGUACGGUUUGGCGAGAAGCUGCUGUGGCGCGGCGCGCUGAUGCAGGACGUGCCGAACGCCGCGUUCAUGAUCGGCUACACCAAUGCGUCGUGGACGCUCGGCGCGGAUGCUGCGGCGCAGCUGGUUACGCGCGUGAUGAGGCGCAUGCGGGAUGAGGGGGCGACGAGCUGCGUGCCGCGGGUGGACGAUUCCAAGGUGCGCCCCGAGCCUUUCAUGAAGCUCAACAGUGGCUAUGUGAAUAGGGCGCUGGAGCGGCUGCCGAAGGCGGGGGAUAAGGGGCCAUGGAAGGCGAGGUGGAGCUACUUUUCGGAUCUGUGGAAUGCGAAGGUUGGGGAUAUUACGCGGGGGUUAGAGUUCCGGCGGGUUUCUUCAUAG